GGACUGAACUCUUCCCGAGUUCAGCGCUACAUGCAAGAGCUGGGCAUGCAGCUGCUUGGGAUCCAGUGUCCAUGUCUAUGCUGGUUUUGGCAGGUAUUGAAAACAACACCAACACCGGCAGUUUGGGUUAUGAUUCGAGUUUCACCAGCUACAGCUUGCUCUCGAACACCUGGAGUGCGCACUCUUCCUUAGGAUCUGGCCGUGUGGGCCAUGCAGUUGUGUGGGAUUCUGAGGCGCCUGCGCUGUUCACCUUUGGAGGUUUCAACACCACUUACUUGUCCGAGGUUUGGCGGUAUGUUUCAUCCCCACUACAGUCACUGAUGGUUGCAAGUUGUCAACUGGGCCACGAAUGUUUUCUCAACAGUGCAACUCAGACCAGCGUUUCCUUGAUAGUGAAGCAAACUUGUUCAGAGGAGUUUGACAUUGUUUUGAAAGGCUGGGCCUCGGAUGACAACAAGCUCGCAUUGAGAGACGCUGCAAACUCAUCACUUUUGUUUGUGGAACCGGGUGACUACCGUUUGUGUUUGUGCUCGCAAGCGGUCGAAUGCACGCAGUCCUUUGGCUUUUUCAUUGUGGAAGGACCAUAUUCCAACCAGCAAAGCCAAUGUGUACUGGGGUCUCAUUGCAUUGUGUUUUGGCGAGGGGUCGGAAUUUCCAGCAGAGAUCAUGUGGUGGCCACGAAGAAAUGUGGCGCAGCAGAAGCAACGGUUAGCUUCGGCCAGCGGCCCAUUGUCAUUCAGUCCACUUCCAAUCUGUCAAGUUUGGACAACAAAUCUAAGCUCAACUUAUUUGGGUUGGACUUGGGGUUUGUUAGCCUGACUGGUCCGCCGGAGGUGGUGGAGGUGUGCUGGUGCCCAGAAACUCAUCAGUGCAGCGCGCCUGAGGAUUUCCGUGCCAUUGCUGUCCAACUGCAGGUCGUAUGCCCGCCUGGCAUGCACGAGCAUCAGGAAGCUUUGCAAAGUUCCUGCCAGCAUUGUUCAUCGGGCCAUUAUUGCCCUGGAGGAGUGGAUGCGGAGGAGAAGCCUUGCCCUUACGCAAGCACCACGCCACCUAACGCCAGUGACUUGUCUCAAUGCGCGUGCCAGAAGGGAUACUAUUGGAAUAUGGGUGCAUGCAUUGCAUGCCCCACAGGGUCAACAACCCUGGAAGAUGGUGCUGUGUCACUGACAUCUUGCACAUGCAUGCCUGGCUUUGUCAACACGCAGCCCAGCAACCCUGCAGCAUGUGAGGCAUGUGGUGUUGGAUUCUUUUGCAAUGGAGAGUCGCACAGACAAGCUUGCCCGGCCAACCAUACGACUGAGCAGGACACCUCUGGCAAUAAAUCCCACUGCGUGUGCUCUACUGGUGUUUAUUUAAAGGACGGUUCCUGCACUGCUUGCCCAGCAGGUCACUUCAAGAUCGAUGUGGGAAACAUGCCGUGCCAGAAAUGUCCCCAUGGCAGGUGGAGUGGUGUGGUUGGAGCAGAUACAUCGCUGGUUUGCACAGCUUGCAUGGCAGGUGCUACCACACAAUCAAGUGGAGCCACAUCGGUAUUUGAAUGUAAGUGCGAGCCAGGCUUGUAUGGUGUGAACGGCAGCUGUAUGGCUUGCAUUGAGGGUUUCUAUUGCCCUGGCACUGGGGAAGCUGUUGCUUGCCCAGAUGGGGCCACGUCUUCAAGAAGAGCCAGCUUUCCAUCUGACUGCAUUUGCCAACCUGGACGUUAUGCUCAAGGUUUGAGCUGUCACUUGUGCCCUCCGGGGCAUUACAAACCAUCCGACGGCAACCAAGAAUCGUGUCCACUACAGUGUCCAACGGGUGCUGAAAGUGAAAACGGUUCCACCAGUUUGUUGGACUGUUUUUGUACACUUGAUCAUUAUGCAGUCCUUGACAGUGCAAAUCAGCUUGCACGGUGUGGCAGCUGCGCCACAUAUGCCGACCGUUUGCUUUGUCCCGGUAGCUUGAUCCAAAGCAACCAGACGAACGAGGAAUCCAAUCCAGUGCGAACUCAUGCUCUUCCCAUUGCCAAAGCCGGUUUUUUUCAAACUGGCGCCCUCACAGCAAUAAAGUGUAACGCUGUGGGGCGGGAUGGGCUCAGUUCCUGCCUUGGAGGUGACGUGCUGUGUCAGGUCAAGCAAGCUGUUGGAUCAUUCAAUUCCGAAUGCGUCGGAAAAUAUGGGAACCUAUGCGCUGAAGGCUCCACAGGGAUGCUGUGCGGGGAAUGCCCUGCAGGGUGGGCAAGACCAUCUCUCCAAGAACCGUGCGAACCUUGCCCAAAUGGUGCGGUGGGCCUGUUUUUCCUCAUCCUGGCUGACGUGGUUUCCAAGGCGUGCAUCAACUGUAUUGUUGCGUCGUUGGCAGCUACUGCCGCAGUGCGGGGCAGCAGCAAGCUGCACACAAGCAUGAUUCGCAUUGGAAGCCAGUGGCUUGCUGCUUGCUCUGUUAUUGCGACAUUUCGCUUUGACCAACUGCGUAUUUUGAGCUUUUCCAGAACUAGCCAGGGCCAGGAUGAGGCUUUUCAAACCUUGAGCUGGCCACCAGAAAUCACACGCGCAAUGAGAACAAUUUUUCAUUUCCUCUCGCUGCAACCUGUUCUGGUUUCUGUGGAUUUAGGGGCAUCUUGCGCAGCUGAAGAUUUGUUUCCGGGCGAUCUUACCGCGAGGAACAUGGCCCCAGGUAUAUACUCAAUCUGCCUUCCGCCUCUACUGACAGUUGGCAUUAUAGUCCUCUCAUAUGUUGUUGUACAUGGUCUUGUGCCACUUGCGAAUCAGCGUGGCAUUGUGUUCAACCAGGCGGAUAAGAACAAGAAGGCAAGGGAAAAAGCUGUGAGCAGACUGCAAGAUGCUUUGGUGCCACUGUUAGCAGAUUCUGGCCUAUCAUGGGAUGAGAUCCAGCAGUCAGGAGUUUUCGAUAUGAUUUUGUCCGCUUUGGAGGAAGCCUGUGCCGAGCCAAACAUUUUCCUGCGAAAAGCAGUGACGACGAAUAGAGCGUUGCUUUUGAAAGCCUGUCAACUCAGGGCUGCGGAAUCGGAGCUUUCUUCCUUGACCAAAUGUAGCGAGGCUGAGAUCUCUCGAAUUGAGAUCUCGGAUUUGAUCGAUUGCGAAGAUUUCAAUGCUUUGCUUGACAACGUCAUAUCUCGAGCCAACCAAAGGGGUGAACAAAAUAGGGAACCGGUUGCAAACCCUCCGAAAGAAGACGAAAAUGGAGAGCUGAGAGACGCUGGUCUGGGUGAUGAUGGACCCAUAACAGGCCCUCAGACUGAUUCAUCAGACGACGAUGAGGCACGCAUCAGUGUUUCGCCUGUGCAUCAGCCGAAAGCGGCGGAAGUCAACUUGGCUGAAGAGAAGCCAGAAGCUCCAGUGUCGCAAGAAGACAACUCCAUGGAUUCGUUGGACUUUGGCUUGUUCUCGCCCAAAGCCCCACUGUCAAAGCUAGUGAUUCAGAGCUUGCCCAUUGUGUGGAUUGGGUUUCUAUCUUUGUGGCCUGCACUUUUAUCUCAAUUUCUGCAAAUGUUGUGGUGUGUGCCUAUCUUGGAGGAUGAGACGGUUGUAAGUCGACUGCUGCCCAGCCCAGAUGUGCGUUGUGGGUCCAGCGAUCAUCUCCCAUCAGCUGCCGUUGCGAUUUGCGGACUGCUUGGCUGGUGCGUGGGGAUUCCAAUUGCAUUGGCGGUGAGGCUGGUCAGCUUGGAGGACAGGCAAACUCCGGAGAAUUACCGGAAAUAUGGGUAUUUCAUUCAGGGCUAUGAGCCGCAAUAUUGGUGGUGGGACAUUUUGAUUAAGCGGGCUGACAUUGGCGCGAUGAUGGUGAUCACCUACACCUCCAUUGUGCCGGACUCAGAGGCAAAGCUGAUGUUAUUUCCAGUUUUGUCAGGCCUCCAACUUGCAAUGGCUUGUUGGAUCAAACCAUUUUCCAACGAUCAGGCUGAAAUACUUGACGUCUUGGAGGUGAGUUUGGCGGCAAUACGUUUUCUCCUCUUCAGCUCUGUUGGGGCCUUGUUGAUUUUGAAUCCGUCUGCGGGGACGGCCUCUUGUUUGGCAACUAUGCUCUUUGUCGCCUUGCUCACAGCUUGCGUCUAUUUUAUUCUCCACGUGGUGGCUCAACUCCUCCGAGAUGCUUCUUUGAACCCUGAGAAGCCACCGGAGGGUUUCUCGAAGCCGAUCAUGAAGAUUGUAGGCGCGUUGAAGACCUAUGUGAUUGAAUUCUUUUUGCCUCUUGUCAAGGAGGGACAGGAGGAGCUUUGCCAAUUGGAAUGGCGCUUCAAUGAUGGGAUCAUUGUGACCACAACUCCCGUGUUGAAGGCCCCUAGAGUGACCUCAAUUGCGACUAUGGGAAGCCGAUUACGUGGCAAGGCGUGGUUCAUUCUCGCCCGUUUUCGGGCUGUGGUGCUGCGCUUCGGGCCGCCCUUUCAAAGAAGUGCGCUUGGAAAGGUUAUCGAAGAUUUCACCAUGCUUUGGCCCCUUGGUCGCAGAGGCUGUGUUCAUGAAGUUUCUUUCCGAGCUUUACAAACCCCGCCAAAUCCAGCUGCAGUACAGUGUCGAGCCACUUGCACUCCCAGUUUCACCGCUCCUGACUUUACGGCUUUACGGCGAACUGUAGGUUGGAAACCUGGGUGUGGGGACACCCCAAAGCCUUCCCAUUUUCACGUCACAGUGAGGGUGGCAGCUUCGAUGGAAGGCUGUGUGUGACUUCGUAAGUGGUCGACUGACUUCUCUGGUGGCCUGUGAGUCCUCCUUAUAUACUUUCCUGGUGGUUGGUCUUGUCUUGGUCUUGGCUGCUCAGUUGAAGGCCGAAGCACUCAGAUGGCCUUGAACCUUCGACUGUCUCCAGUUCGGUACUUGGGGUUCCUGCUGUUUACCUUCCAGUCCGCUGUGGAAUCUGCUUUCCAACUUGAGUGGCUGUGUUUGUGUGGGCUCUGUGUGCGCCCAAUCUCCCAGGGGCAUAAGUUGAAAAGAGCAAAGCUUCCUAGCAUCCUGGAGAUUCAUUGUGUGACCUGCUUUUAGGGAAGGCCAAUGAGCACCUUUCACAUUGAAAGUUGACAGCAGCUUGCUUGUUUGGCAUGUAAACUUUGGAGGAUCCAAUUGUGCACAAGAAUUAGUGACGGAAGUGGCGGUCUCUCGCAGGGGCUAAACCUCAAAGGGCACACAGGACAUGAGAUGUUUAAAUUGAGUUGAAGUUUUGAAGUUGUAAUGGUUAACAGUAUCCCGUUGUUUUCAUGGACUGGUACUUCUCCAGGGUGUCCGUGGGAAAUCCUUAGUGAGAACCUUGCAUGUUUUGACGCGAUUUGAUUUAGUGGCUGGUGAGUUGCUAGCAAUCCACUCCUAGCAACAGAGGUUGCCAUUGAGGCUGCGAGUGGGUAGUGAGUGGAUGGUGAGGCCCGAGUAGCUAGCAAGGCCUUGCUUGUGGUUCGUUAGGCAUCUGUGAAGGAGAGCGCCAUCUAGGGGUCUCCCAAAACCAGUCCAUGAUGUUUCUGAUAUCCAACACGGUGGACCUGAGCACGGAACCCGCGCAGGUUGGUGCAGUUGAAGCAAAGCAGCAUGCCAAUAGCAAGCCAAGGGGUGCUCAUCACCCUCGCUACUGCCAACAAGCGUUUACCACAUUUGAUGUACAAGAAUGUGAUUGGGGAAAAGUGGUUUGAGCAGGUCCAAGAGCUAAGCUUGGAGCGUGGGCCACACACAUGCACGCCAGAUGAUUUGUCGCGGGCGAUGACACGAUUGAGUCAAAUGCCUGCGCUUGACGCAGUGAAACUUGUGAAUCAUAUAGUGGAGAUUUGGAGUAAAGCCAGUUCUCGGAAAUCUUGGCUUGAGUGAGGCAGCGCCAAAUCUUGAGCCAACAAGCAAUGGCUGGAAGUGUGUUGCUUCAAUAUCUCAGACUUGACCAUUUCUGAGCUGGGGCACUCAGAAUAGAAAGAUGCCGUUUGUUGUUUGAAGCUUGCGCCUUUUGAAAAAAGUCUGUGUCAGAAAGAUUUGGCAUAUACAAUCACAGAAGUCGAAGAUGCAG